AAACUUUCGUCAUGGAUAAAGAUAAAUUAAAAACUUUUCUAAACUCCGCUGUAGAUAUAAAUAUAUUACAAGAUGCUUGGGAAUGAUGAUUAUCCUGCCGAUAUGUUUGACCUUCUCUUGAUUGAUCUCAAUUCCAAAGACCUCCAUGAAACAAUAUCUAAAGAUCUUAAAAUUCAAUACUUAUCGGAUACUCAACAAACAGAAUUAAAGGAAACAAACGGCGUGAUAUUCGGCUCUAAUUUAAGAGUCAUCGUCUCUUUACCGGUUACUAUCAAACAAAAAACAAAAAACGUCCACUUUAUACUGGACACUGGGUCCCCAAAAACAUACAUUUGCGAAGAAGUGUACGAAUCUUUCAAACUACAAUCUCGCACACCAAUUUAUCAAGUGUUCAUAAACAACAAACGUACUGUCGUUUACUUGCCUCCCAUCAAUUCCCACUUUACGGACGUAAACAUUUUAGGAGUGGAAUACUUGAAAAGUUCUGGAACAAAUCUCAGCAUAAUUCUCACCAACGAUUAUGAUAAUAUUUCUUUACAAUUUAAUCAUGAAAGAAAUGAAGACAUCUCUCAAUUACAAAGCACUUUUCAAGUAGAUCUCGACGUUCAAGGGAAAAUACUAGGGACUUUUCUACUUGUUACGAUUGUUUCGGUUGCUAUUCGUAACAGAAAACCCGGUUUCUUUCUUUUUAUCGCAACUAUAUCAUUAUCUUAUAAUAUAUACAAAAUUUGUAUUGAAAGUUAUUUUUAAUAAUUGAUUACACUAUUAGUUGCAGAGAUAGCAAACUAGAAUUCUAGUAGCUCAAUUUAUUUCAAGUUUUAAAUUAGUUAAACCUCCCUCCUCUUACUAUUUUCUUCUCAUUUUCUUAAUUUUAUAAUUUCUUUCUUUU